AAGCAAGCAAACAGCUGACCACAGUCAGCAUUGCGAGUGCGUUGCGUUCUUUGAAUUUCUCAAUAUGAAUUUUCACAUUUUCAUAAGAAAUCUGCAAAUUCCGGUUCUUAGUUGUCGUCCAUGCCUUAAAUUCAUGAAUUAAAAUUUGCAAGUCAUGGCACAUGUUGGAGAUCUGAUUAAUUUAAGUGAUGACAAUGAUCACCUACUUGUGAGAGAUCUGGAGGAUGGUGCGGAUGCUGAUUUAUCAAUUGUAGCUGCAGCAUGCUCAACAGCAGAUAAUGAGGGAGAGACAGGAAGAAACUUUGUUGGAGAAGUAAGGCAUGUCGACUCAAUUGAAUGCAUUUACGUCGCCUCUGAAGCCCAAAUUGCUUUACUUGAACGCCUAAGCAUGACCUACAAAAGCAUAUGGGAACUUAAAUCUAAUGUAACCAUUGAAUCAGAAGAUGUGGUGACUUUUGAAAUUGACGACUCAUUUGUCCGAGCCAAAAUUCAAAACGUUUAUGAGGAGUAUUUUACAUCGGAUGCACUUUUGGAAGUUUACCUUAUUGACUAUGGGGAGAUUUACAUGACUGAACGCUCAAAGUGUGUGAAACUGACUCCUGCUUCACUAAAUGAACCUGAACCCUGUGUUCACAAAGUUAAGCUCAGGAUACCUUUCAUGCAUGAAUUGGGCCAAGUGACAAGAUGCAGGAUGGAAUCUAUGCUGAAGGAAACCUUGAAAGUAGGAGACAAAGUUAAAGUGCAGUACCUCAAAGAAAUUAACACAAGUGACUUGAGCGAUGGACAAGACCUGGUGAAAAUAACCAAGAUCCGUGGCAAUUUGGUCGUGAAUGAUAUUCUGCUGACUCUACUGAAACCUGCUCAGUUGAUGGAAGUUUUGCAGACUACCACGUGGUGUUCCAUUGCUGAUGCCAUGGAUGAAGACAAUUUGAACAAAGCAAUUAGUGGCUAUGACCCAAGAGAUGAGACCAGAGCUUGCAAACUUUACCAGAAUACGGGAUUUUGCGAUCGUAAGAAUUGCCGCAAGGAACAUGGAACACUGGAUCCAGAUGGAUGGACAAAUGACAAAGAAGAAGUGUUUUGUGGAACAUAUGACGUUCAAAAUCUCAUGAAAUUUAGCCCAGGAUCAUACCUUGUCAUCUCAGUUACUGCAGCUGUAAAAAGUAGCACUAAUUGUUUUUAUGGACGCAUUCUGAACGACAUGAAUGGAGCCCAGAACAACUGGCAUGAGCUCAUUCUGCAGCUUGCCAAUCAAUCUAAGCUACAAAUUAUUGAGCUUCUCCCUGCUCUCGGAGAGUUAGUUAUUGCAAAGAGUAAUGACAGAUUUUUCCGAGCAAGGGUAGUCAACAUCAUUGAUGAAGAAAUCCUAUCUAAGGCCACUGUUUUCUGUGUCGAUUAUGGUUUUGAGAGGGAAGUAAAUUUUGAUCAGAUUUGGAAGAUGUUGCCUGAACUUCUGCACUCGCCUUUCCAGGCUGUCCAGUUCUUCGUGAGGGAUUUGGGAUUCCAGAUUACAGAAGGAAAAACGAUCGACGCUGUAUGUGAAAGCAUCGAUUUAGAACACGCCGUCCAUAUUAAGGUGCUGAGAGUGUAUCAGAACGAAUGACAAAAGACGCCAUUUUCGCUAUCUCUGUCCCCUUGAUAUUGUUGACUCUUGAAAUCUCUAGCCGCGUGAAAAUCCUGAAAAUAUCUCUCAUCUCUACUGUCAUUUGAGUUCUUUUGAGACCUAUGUAGUAUUAAGGAUGUGAAAAAUGCUUUAUGUUAUAGUGUUUAUUUAGAGGCAAGCUUUUCAAAGAAUUCUGUGAAACCAAACAGCUUUUAUGUUGUGAAGCCUUUUUCAAUUAUAUCCAUGUGUGCCGGCCUGUUUGUGAGUCGCUAAAGCGUGUGUAUAAGUAAGGGAAAGAUAUUAUUUGCGGAAUACGUGCGGUCAUUGUGUAAGCAUCCAAUCAUGAUAAGUCAGUCGGUUACCCUUACCAUUGAGGGAGGUGGCCAUCUAAAUGGCUUAUGCGAUUACCCCAGCAGCUGGGGUUGACAAGCGUGUAAUGAGAAAUCUGCUUCGCGCCAAAGGGGUGUUGAAUAAUAAUUUAGAAACCUCUCAUAUCGUCUGAUAUUUUUGUAAGUAACGGUCGUGUUUAUGUAAGAUUCGCGCGUAAAUUGGCGUUGUUCUGGUGUAAAUGACUAGAUUUCCGUAUCAUCAUGUAAACGGUGAGGUGUGGCUUAUUAGUUCCAUAAUUAUUGUUAGUUAACGAGAAAAUUUGUUAAUUUAUCAAUUAACUGGAUUGUUUAAUGAAUUCUAUUUUGGCAAAUUUGAAACUUCUAUUAUGUAAUUUUUGGGGUUGAAUAAAUAAUUAAAUAUGCUUUCUCGUGGUAAU